AUGACCUUAGGGAGAAAAGCCGGAUUGGGCCACAACUCCACCAGACCGUCACCCCCUCCAAAGGACAGGCAAGACGCAUGGACGGAGAGCACACACAAUUCGCCCGCCCUCUUGGCAGACGCCAGCGCCAGUAAGAGAGCAGUCUUAAAAGCCACACACUCGGGACUCGCCUCCGACACCGACUCAAAAGGCGGGCCCGACAGACCCCUGAGGACCACCCUGAGGUCCCAAACCGGGGGCGUUCUUUGA